UCUAGUCGACUGUCAUUCCGAACUCAGCAUUGGAGAUCACAAGUCGUGACGGGAUUUUUAAAUUACACACCCAGUGACCGAGUGCAUAUAGAGUUUUGCAUUGGAAGAAACUAAUAAAGAAUCAUAUAACUGCGGCUGCAGUUAUUGAUUAUUUCUGUUUUGAGCUGUUUCGAAAUGCAUUUUGAAAAAAGCGAGCUGCUAUUGCUGGCGGCAGUCGUUACGGUCGCAUUUGCGCGUCACUGUGCGUGCAUGAUGCGUCCGAGUGAUGCGCUAUCGGUGAUGGCUGGCGAGGGUUUCACGGCCUACCUGGAGUUACCGAAAGCAUUUGGUGCAAUUGAGAACUGUUGGUUUCAAUUUGGAGAUGAGGAGAAAAUUAAGCUCGAAUUGAAUACCGCUGAGGCCAUCAUAACGGCGGUUGGUGAGGAGGUGUUACCUUUCUCCAGCAACAUUUGCGGCAUACGUGUCAACAAAGUGUCCUCCGCUUCGGCGUCGCUUUGGAAGCUGGAAGCUGAGAACGCUUUUGGUGAUUAUGAACGUGGCGAGCUGAAGCUCUCAAUACUCGCUAUGUAUAAGAAACACUUCAAUACCAGCGUCCAAUUGGCCAUCGGCGAAGGCGCCAUUUCAUGCAGUUUGUCUGAUACGGCGACCAAGCAAUGCAAAAUCAUCGAUCACAAGAAGAAUGAGAUUUGGAAUUCGUGCAAUAUUUAUACAAAUAUUAGGCCGAAUCGGACUUUCGACUGUUACACCAAGAAUUGGGGCAGCUUGACGCAGAGUCAUGAACACAUAGUUGUGGAGGCUAAGAAUAGCAGUUUGUAUACCACGGCCAGUGUAAUGGAUGGUGAAGAGAGCGUUGUAAUGCGCUGUCAGUUCAAGAGCGAGCUGCGCGGCUGCCAGGCCGAAUCUCCGGGUGGGAAGGAUGAGUUGUAUCUCAUGGAGGGAUUGUAUAAUGGACGUUACUCGGCCUAUGAUACAUUAUAUUCGAGACAGCGUUGCGCUCUGGAAAUCCCCAAACCACUCAAGGAAUCAGAGUUGGGUUUAUGGCGUAUAUAUAAUACAGAAGUAACUCCACCAACGGGUUGCCUUUUCUACAUUGGCAAGCCAAAAGAGCAAAUUAUGGCUGAGGAGCUUAUAACCGUGAACGACGUAAAACAAGUCAAGGCUUACGAUACGGACAAAAGCAUGGAAUUGUUUACAUGCGAAGUACCCUUUAUUAUAGACGACUGCUAUCUACGCGACCCAAACAACACAGUCUACUUUCCGGAUCACAUACGAUUUGAGCGCACGCGCACCUAUGGACAGUGCCACUUCAGUAAUAUGCCAGUGAUGGCCGGCAGCUGGAUUUGCGGUGCGCGCGGACAUGAUUACGCCAAAGAAGUGCUGCAGACUUUUGAGGUUAUAGUUAAACCAAAAGUCGGUGAGGUGCUCACGGAAUCGCUGAAGUUAAGACGCGGCAAGAUGGCAGAGCUGAUGUGUCAGAGCGCUUUUGAGGAACCACUCACGCAUUGCGCUUUCAUCGAUCCGCUGGGACGUGUACAUUUAGUGGGCACGGCGCACAGCAUCAAAACCGCAGGACACGUGAAAUAUUAUGGACGCGGCCUACUCUGGGGUGAUUGUGGCGCGCAGAUAAUGGAAACUAUCAGCGAUGAUUAUGGCUACUGGAAAUGCCAAUUCGUCACUUUCGCCGACAAACGCACCUCGAUUUUUACCCUGCGACUGCGUGAAUCCGUUAUUCCUGGCUCAUCCAUCGGUCUCGGUGUUGGCAUUACAAUCAUAGUUGUACUUCUGCUCGGUUUGUUACUCGCCACUGUUGUUUACCGUCGUCGAAAUCGCACUGCACAGCACAAUUUCACCUCAACCGAUCCUUUGGAGGCGACUAACAAUAAUUCUAUGGUAAUGACUUCAUUGGAAUCCUUUGCGCAGCCAAAUCUUGAGCGAUUGUAGUGGUUAAAUAUUUGAUGACAAGUUAAAUUAGAAUUAAUUGUUGGAUCCAAUCAGGGAUGGGUUGUAAUUUAAGCUCUAAGUAUUACUUGGGAUUGUGUUCAUUACUAUGUAUUUACAUAUUAUGUA